UACUCCCUCUGGACCGGUUCCUGUUGCAGUGAUUGAAACUUUCGUUGUUCUUCUUAUCUCAAAAAAGGCCAAAGUUGCAGUUUCUGUGCAGCUCCGUCUCCAGUGAGGCAACUGAGGACUCAGGUGUGGACCCAAGGUCUGGCUGAUCCCCUGUGUUUUUAAGGCCCAUGGAAGGUCCCCGCUGCGCCUGAAGCUGCAGCAGCGCAGCACGUCCAUCCCGGGAGCUGUGUCCCAGUUGUCCUCGUUGGUCCUGCCUGAGGACUGGGGCUUGCUUCUUCCCGUCCUGAGGUUUCAUCUUGAUGUGUCGCCAGCAAAGGGGAGGGCUUGACUUUUGUAUUUUUGCAUGAUUUAUUGUGGAAGAUAGUGAAAGACCUUAUUUUCAAGAUGCCGUUUGGAAUGGCACUUAGUUGCAUUAGUAGGAGGAAGAGGAGUAACAUUUGAAAAUUUACAGGAACUGCCUUUUCAACCUCUUUUUAGAUACGAUUUAAUGCCUGGUGGUUGUGAGCAGGUGGCGGGCGUUAACCUCCCCGUGCGGUUUGCAUCCAGGUGUGCUUAGAUGUCCACCUCCCCUCGAGACUCACAGAAACUUGGUGCCCGAGUUGGACCUCUUGAAAACAUACCAAAGCCCACGGCGUCCCUUUCCCCUUUGAUGCCUUCAUAACUUUGGGAAUAAGUGGGUAUUACUGUCACUUGCAUUUGUUCACAGGUUUCCUGGUUUGUUUUUAGCUUCUGGUUUAGCUUCUCAAGCGUGAGUGCUGCUGUCCUCCUGAGUCAGAGAGUCCGUACGGGAACGGAGAUGGAAAGUAGUGAGACGGAUCUGUGCUGCGGGGAUGUCCUGGCUCUUGGAAAGCGGCGGUAUCAGUGCUUGCUCUUUUGUAAAGACGGACGGUAACGCGGAAAUACAUACGACUUCAGGCUGCGUUCAUAAGACCAGCACAAGUUUUCAAAGCGUGGAGCAGUUCCUUUGUGCUUCUGCGUACAGCUACAAAAAUCAUAGGAGAGUUGUGGCUUAUCAUUUUUUAGGGUUGCUUAACGCAUGCUUUUCAAAUCUACCGUCAAGUUUAUGUGUGUAUUUAUAUCUGUUUUGAUUGAGCUGAUUGACACGUGACUCGGGCCACUAAAUCUGAUGGAGAUAGCAACGUUCAACAUCGCUGGGACUUUAGUGCAGAAUCUUCUUAAAAAUAAAGAGAGCGCCCUAGGCUCAGCGCCGUCUUUCGGAGGAAGCGCUGCGUUAAUGGCUUUGGGCGUAGAAAAAUCACUUUCCGAAGCAUCGCUGAGCGGGAAGGCCAAGCGCUACGGCAGGUGGAGCUACGUAGAGGUAGAGACGGACUACCCAGAGGUGGGUAACGGCGCGCGCCAGCGCUUGGACGCAGAGGAAGUCAGAUCCUCCCUGAAGGGAGCUGAGCGCGUGGCGAUGAGUGGACGUGGUCGCUCGGUCCCUGGUGUUACCCAGAGGAAUUCAAGCUCCUGCCGAGAAGUGCCUUUAGCAUCCGCGUCCAGGCUGUCCACAGCGAAAGCAAACUUCGUGGAGAGACAGCCGUUAAUUUCCAGCACAACGCCCGGCACUGAUCCGUCUCAUCACAUCGGCCACCAUUUCUCCUCCUCAGAGGAGCGGCAGAUGAAAACGGGCUGCUCAGAGCCGGCACCCAGCGCUCCCGACCUGCAGAGCUCUGCAGAAGAAACCAGCGUUUCCAACUUCUCUCAUGAUAUCGGUACCAACCAGUGGAGCAGCAGGACCUUCUCCCCUUCUUCCUCCGCCCUGGGGUACUUGCCUGAUAAGACCCCCCUCAGCCCUGAGAACAUCCUCCAGAGCCAUUCCAGAUCAAGCUUUUCCACUCUGUCCUUAGAAGACAGCAGCAUCUGCGACCAGCAGGAGAUGAAGCGAUCCCAAAGCUUAGCAGCCGGCGUGGACGUGCCUCCUCCUGCAGCCAUCACCUCUUGGGACCUGCGCCGUCAAUCCAGCCCGACGGGAGACAGGCUGCUACGUGCACGCAAGCCGUUAAGACCUCUCCUUGAUGACUGUGUUGCCAUGGAGCGUGUGAGAAAGAUGUCGUCCUUCCAGGCUGAUUACUGGGCUUGUGCGAUACCUGAUUCGUUACCCCCCUCUCCAGACCGCCGGUCUCCUCACUGGAACCCUAAUAAAGAAUACGAGGACUUGCUUGAUUAUGCUUAUCCGUUAAAGCCAAGAUACAAGCUUGGAAAGACGCCAGAGCCUUUCCUCCAUGACUCGGGAAUAGAUGUGGACAGCUUUUCUCUUUCUCCCGAGGGCACUUUGACGUCUGCCAGCAUGCGCGGCCAAGGUAGGCAGGCUCAGGGAAGCAGAGAAAAUCCACGUAAGGAGUUUGUGGUCUCUGCAGAAAGAUUCUCCACCCCAGUGUCUAGAAAACGAGGCUGUUUAGCAUCUGUGUCUCACUAUGAACCCUCACCUAUUGCAAAAGCAUCUUUUGCCAAAAGUGCUUCCUCCACCGGCAAAGCAGGUGCUUCUAGGGGUUUCGCUGAGAACUUAAUGAUGGAGUCAGCUGGGCCAAGUUCACUUGAUCACCCGGCUGUGGCCGGGAGAAGCUGGUGUACCAGAGAGACCCCCUUUUCCUUUUCAAAUUACAACGGAAAGGAAAAAAGUGCUCAUUGGUUUUUACCUACAACGCAAAUGCUCCCCCUAAGAAAAGAGUGGGACGGGGAUGAAGAAUUUCUGUCGCUGCCUCCGAGACUCAGGGAGCUGGGAAAUCUGGCUCAGUAUCUGUCUGACCUUUCCUUAACUGUAAGGACAUCUGGGCAAGACCACCAAAGUCUUCCGUGUUACGGUGACAGCGAGGAGCCCCUUCCAUCCGAAUCGGCAGCUUUCGGAGAAGCGGGCAACAAGGCGAGUGAAGGUUGCGGUGGGCUGGGUCAGUCGUACAGCUCUGGAAAGCCCAGCGGGGCAAACGCCGAACUGUGCAGCCAGCACUAUAGCGAUCCUCUGCGGGGACUUGAUCUACGUACCGCGACCAGGGACGCGUUGGAUGGGAGCUACCUGAACGGACUGAAGGUCAGAGGGUCUCCUAAAGAGAAGCGCAAGCACAGCGAGUCCCUUGCACAGUGCAUUAAGUGUCUUGGAGCGCUUCUGAACCACGCUACCUCUUUGCUUUCCCAGGAGUUCAAGAAAGACGUGGCUGAUCACCGAGGCCUGACGGAGAGCGUGUUGCACAGGGGCGAAGCUCUGCUCAAGUGCAUGGCGUCGAAUUCGCCAGCUUUAAAAGACACCCUGGAUUUGAUUGCAAAACAAUCAGAAGAGCUGGAAAACCACGUGGCGCGCUUGUACAAGUCAGUCCUAGCUGCUAUGGAGCCUGGGCAGGGCGAGGAUGCGCUAGAGGAUGUCGGCGUGUGGCAAACAGCUGCUCAAGCAAAAGCAGCUAAAUGGGCAAUGCCUCUAGCAGACAUGGGAUUUAUCAGCCAGUCUCUGGAUGGGUGAGAUGAAUUCCAGCAAGGAACAAAACACUACUUUCAACUCUCAUAGAGAUGCCAAAAGACAGACAUAUAAUCACUGUGUAUGGAAUUAGCCCCCCCCCGCAGGGCUGAUUUCUGUUUGUUUUUUUUAACCAUUGCUUGAAAAAGGCAAGCUGUACAGAAGUUACCUGGCUACUGGUACUUCUAGUUAAUGUUGCUGACUAAGUUGGGGAGCUCUGUGAGUAAGGAAUGUACAGCUGGCCUUGGGGGGAAGUGUGUGGUCCCCCCCCCCACUUUUUCUUUUUUAAUGUAGCUUUCAGUUUUUAUAGAAGUGGCUUGUUCCAUGUUUUGGCAAAACGUCAGGAACAUAAUGUUUUUCAACUGAGUAAUCCAUAGUUUGCAGUGCAACUGUCUUUCAAGUAAAGAAAGAUGU